CCAAGCAAUUUUGUUAUAUUUUUUGUUUUUGUUUCUUUCCGAUGCCGCCAUUUGUCGCUUAUUUGCUUUUGUUAUGCGCCUAUUUGGCGUCGCGUCGCACUAUUACAACAACAACAAAACGAAUUUGUGUGUGUGUGCUGUUAGUUUACAGCGUGAAUACUUCGUUUAUAUUGCAAUUAAGCGUUGUUGUUGUUCUUGUUGUUGCACACAUUAUUAUAUUUUACUUGCGGUUGUAGUAGUAGUAUUUGUUGUUGUUGUUGUUCUUACUCAUUUAGUUAGUAGUUUCGCUUUUUGUUAAACUUUUUUAGCAUUAUUUGAGCGCAAGCUUUCCAAUGUUGUUGACAUAUUUGUUGUUGUUUAUGGUGUGGAAAAUUUGCAAAACCUUCAUAGUGUCGGUGAGAGCACAUGCAUAUGCUUACACUCAUACAUGCUUCCAUAUGUAGAUAAAAAGCUUCGUAAACUCUUGGUGAUUUGCCUCACACUAUAUUUGUUUAUAGCUGUUGAUUCCAAAGUUGCUGAUUUUGUAUUCGUUUGUGCUCGCUUUUGGUUUUGUUUUUGUAUUUGUUGUGUUUGUGUUUGUAUCGCGAGUGUGUGUUUGAUUUAAAAAAUCUUUUGUUUAAAAUUUUGCCGGGUUACAUUUUUCUACACUUUUACGCUGUUGCUCGUGAGUCAGCAAAUCGUUUUUUGCGUUAAUUCGUUAUAAAAUACCGUUGCUUUUAACAUUUUUCUAAUAUUUUCAACAAUAUCUAUUAGUAUUGCGCUUACUCAUUCACAUUCAGUCCUCUCUGUGUGUGUGUGUGAUCGUUAAUAAUGUGCCGCAAAUUUAUUUAUUUUUCUAACGAAUUGGAGCGUAUAAAGCACGAAGACGAUGUUGCUCUUCUUCUCUUUUUAUUACAUUCUUUUUUAUAAUUUUUUCAUACAACACUCUUUUGCGAUUUUGUACUUUGCACUCUUUCACCUACUGCUUAGCUUGCUGCGACUCUUACUCUGCACCGUUUGAGCACCUAAAAAGCUGCUACGGCGUAUUUGUUGCUUUUAUUUUGUAAUGUUCGGCAUUUCACUACACCUCCUUUGGCUGAGUAAAAGUAAAUAUAAUACAACAGCCGGCCGCAUGUUGGCAUUUGCAUACUAAAUCUCUUUUAUUUUGCACUCUCACAUGCGCUCAGUAACUAUAUAGUUUGCGCUUAAAGCUUUUAUUUUUAUUUUUAUUUUUUUAUUUAUUUAUUUUUAUUUAUUUUUUCAACAAUUCACAACACACAUGCAGUUUCGAGCAUUACGCUUUUUACUUUCUUUCACGUUCUUACACACACACGCGCGCAUACCACGUAAUCUAACUUAAACAGCAACAAUUUUCGAGCGUUUAACAAAAGCGUCGCCACACAUUUAACAUAUACAUACAUACACACAUACUCAUAUAUGCAACGGUAUGUAUGUGUGUGUUAUAUAUGCGUUGUUGUUCUGAUAAUAUAUUUCAUUGCCUCAUUUCUUCGGUGCUUUUCUUCUCGUUGCUGUAUACGUUACCCGCUGCGCGUUGGGGCUACUAUUACUGCGCUGUCAACGUCAACGUCCACGUCGACGUCGUCAACAAAACAAAAUUUGCCUUGUGUGUGCUUUAUGCCAACAAGCAACAACACCACCGCCCCUCUCACACGGCGGCAGUAGGUAUCGUAUGCCAACGCGUUGUGUUGUUGGCGCUACACGACGACGUCGUCAUUGUUGAAGUCGGCUAACGUCAGCGUUGUAGCGGAGACCAGGCCAGCCUGCCAGCCAGUGGCGACCAGUCUAACCCAGCCGCACACAUUCAGUACGCAAGCAAACGCCGCGUCAGUUGUUGUCGCGUUGAAAAUUGAAAUUUUUGGUGAAAAAGUUUCAAAAGCUUUGGGCAGUAAAAAGUGUUUGAAAUGCACAAAAUAUUGCUUUAAACAAUAUUAAAAAGUACAAAAUACUUGCAGUGUUGCACUAAAAUUUGUGUAAAAAAAUUUAAAAUACAAUAAUUUUGCAAAAAUUGCAAAAAUAAGAAAGUUUUCUUAAUUACUAUAAUAAGUGGCUAACAAUUUUAGAAAAUUUCACGCGAUAAUUCAAAAGCUGCAGAUCUUUUUUAAAAAAAGCUUAAGAAAAAGUGCUGAAAAAUUUCUUUCAUUUUCGCGGAGGCCUUUAUUAUAUGUAAGCAAACACACGAACAAACACGCGUGUGUAUGUGUGACAACUGAAUCGUCGUCGUUUAGUCAGAAAAAAGAGGAGGCGCUGGGCGGCGUGUGUUGUACCCAGUUGUUCAUAUUGUGAGUGGGUCGCCGCCUCGCCGACAAACGCCUGCAGGCUGCAGCCUUCAGCCUUCAGCUUUCCUGCCGCACUUUGGGGCCGCACUCAAAAUCGCCGUUUUGUCUUCGUGCACUACUACGAGUAUGUCAUUUUUAAAUGCUUUCUUCUACAUUUGCUUGUAGCACGAGCGGAGCAAUAUCGUCACCGUUUUAUGCGACAUGCUGUUGGUGUCUAAUUCUGCUCGGAGUGCAUUCUUAUAUUUACAAAAAACAAUACAAUUCAAUGCAAUACAACAAUAAAAUACUAUAAGUUCAACGUUACGUCGCUGUUAGUGUAUUUAUUAUAGUUUUUGUUGUUUUAUUAAUAUACAAUUACAACUACAUGCAUAUACAUACUUACUUAAACGCCAAGUGCAAUAAAUACCAGAGCAGAAUUUUGUUAUUGUAUUACAAAUACAACUAAAGACGAGCAAAUAAAGUAUUUUAUUAAAAAAAAAAAGAUUUAAAAAAAUUUAAUAAAUGUUAUAAAGCGUAAUAAAAAACAAAAAAGUGCUAAAAGCGCAACGGCAGCAAGUAAAAAAGUCAACGCAAAGAAAAUAAACAAAACACGACAAAAAUAAAUAAAACGUCAAAAUUAAAAAAAAAUAAUUAAAUGAAAUUACAACAAAUACAGAACUUGACCGCAUCGUCGGGCAGCGGCAACGGCGCCUACAAAAUGGCCGAUCUAACAAAAAAAAUGUCGCCGGAUAAUCCCACACAGAUUUUAACCACACAUGAUUUGAACAGCUUACGUACCCUACAGCGUGUGAUCAACACCAACAAUACCAGUACGACUGUUGACGACAGCGUCAUCUAUAGCAGUCACGGCCACAACACCAACAAUAACAAUACUACCCGCAAUCACAAUUACAAUCUCAGCCACAAUAGCAAUAACAUCACAAACGGUAUACAUAAUCAUCACAACAACAACAAUAACAACAACAGCAACACCAGUGGCAGUAAUCUUGUCUUCUCCACCAUCCCCAUCGACGGCCACGCCCUGUUCAUCCAACCAUCUCACCUGUUACCCGCGAACGCUGCCGCUUCGCUCACCAGCAAAGGUUUGCAACAGGCGACGCAAACGCGCGGCCUGGUCACAGCAGCAACAAAUGGUUUACGCACCGUUAAUAGCAUUAACCAUAGCAACAUUAGUCCCGCCGUCAGCAACGCUACGAGCUUUAUCACAAGCAAUAGUAACAGUAGCAACAACAACAACAACAGUAAUAACAAUAUAAAUAGUUUUCUUGCCAAAGCAACUAUAUUGAGCGCCAACUUGAGUAACGGUAAAGCAGGUGGGAAAAUCUUUAGCACGGGUGGCACAACAUUUAGUAGCAACGCGAAUAUGCCCACCACAUCCAAAUACGUGUUGUUACAGCCCAAUGGUAACGGACAGUUUACCACCUAUGAAGGUCCAACGCCAGCAGCGGCGGCAGCUGCAGCUGCCAAUGGCAAUGUGGCAGCGCCCAGCGUGGGCAAUAUAGUGCUGUUGGCCACCGAGCCGAUGGACUUGAAUGGCAGUAGCGCAGUGGGUGGUGAUGCGACUGCUGUGGGGCGUGUCAUUGCCACAACUACGAGCGUUACGGGUGAUAAUGAUGAGGAGUUGCGAUCGUUAGCGUGGCUGAAUGAUAGCAAUUUGAUUAAAGGCAUAGUGACUACGAGCGCGGCAGGUGGUGCCGGUGGCGCCAAUGUAAAACGUGCUGGCGCAGCGAAUAGUGGUAAUAUUUGCAUAGUAAGCGCCAGCAAUGCGCAUGAGCUGAUCGAGGAGCUGCCACAUCAUGUGGGUAGCGAAGAGGUGACCACCACCACACCCAGUGGCAAUGUCAGCACCGCUGGUGCUAACACAAAUAAUAAUAACAACAACAUAACCACACCAACUGAUCUAAAGAACACACAAAUAACGGCGCUUAGUGUUAGCGAUCUGCAGCAACUGAAGCGUUUCGGCAAUAUAAUCACAACUGGUACACCGAUCACUUUGCUGCCACAACACGAUGGCGGUACAGCUGCUGCGGGUGGUAGAAAAGAUGAGUCUGCACAUAUUUUCGGCAAUAUCAGCGGCAUUAGCGCCACGACUACGGUGCAUAUGGGUCCGAGCGGCACCACCACUGUUGUCGAGUACAAAUCAAACGGUAAUAUACCAACAUUACAGCCGCGACAGCUACUUAGCGCCGCUGGUGUGGGCAAUGUCAGCAGUGGCACCACUAUAACACCGACCAAUUUGAGCAGCAACAGCAGCAGCAGUAGUGGAAAUAAUAAUAACACCAACAAUUUGAAUUCUAGCAACUAUGUGCCUUCUUCACCUUCUUCGACUAACAGCACCCAUGCAAUUGUAGCCAGUACACCCGCCUCCGCAGCUGCUUCCAAUCCUGCCGCACUAUCUGUUUCCUACUCGACGGCACCCUCAACUGUGUUGAGUGUUGCUGGCGCCAAUAAUGGUACCACAGUGUUGAGUCUGUCUAAGCAAUUGACAACGCUGCCGGGCGGUGUUGUUACAGUUACCAAUGGCAACGGCACGACUAACACAAUUUAUCAAGGACAACAACAGCAGCAGCAAAAGCAACAAACUAUCGCUGGCAACAACAACACAAAUAACAGCAGUAGCGCCUCCAGCACCACACAUCACCCGCACAAGAAAUAUUUGCGCGAAAAGAUGAAUGUAUUGGAUCAUGGCGGUGGUGGCAGUAGUAGUGGUGGUGGUGGUGGUGUUAUUACCAACUCAACCGCCAACAAUGUCAACACCAACAAUGGCGCUGGUAAUGCCGCAGCAUCUACAAUAACUGUAGUCGCUUCACCGGCCUCUUCGAGCAGUUCCUUUUCGUCGUCCGUUUCAGUGUCAUCCAGUUCAUCGUCCACGGCCGCCGUUAACGGUGGCAAUAGUCCAGUUUCUAAGUCAUUCUAUGCUGGCGCAGCCAACAACAGUCACAACAACAGCGCUGUAAACGGCAACAGCAGCAGUAGCGGUGCCAUAAACUACUCCAGCACGGCGAACACGACGUCGCCAGUGGUGCUGGGCAGUGUGUCAGCGGUCGCCUCAAAUGGCGUGCAUACGAUCACCAGUUCACCGGUGACAGCGGGCGUACCGCCCACAUACGCCAUAAUGCAGUACCAAAGUGUGGCCUCUUCACCAAGCAUCUCCUCGCCAGAACCAAAUAAUUCCAAAGAAAUGUAUCCACUUAUUGCACCUCAGCAGCAGCAACAGCGCAACUCGAUGCGUUCGCCCACCUCCUAUUCCAGCUAUGACAAUGACUCAUUGAAGGAUUUCGAAAUAUCCACCAAUGGCUCGAGCGGUUUGGGACGCAACAAUACCAGUACACCACAACAUCAAAUGCACCAAUCCACGCAAUCACAACAACAGUUGUCAUCGUCAGGUUCCUCUGCAUCGUCGAAGAAUAGCCAUAAUGGCAGUACUGGCGGUGGUGGGUCAAAUGCCAACGGUGCUGUCACCCCGCAAAAGCAAAAGCAUCCGAACAAUGUACCGUACGAUCCGUUCGUGCAUACACACAACAAACCGCCCUAUAGUUUCAGUUCCUUAAUAUUCAUGGCCAUUGAGGGCUCAAAUGAGAAAGCUCUGCCCGUUAAGGAGAUCUAUGCUUGGAUUAUGCAACAUUUUCCAUAUUUCAAGACAGCGCCAGCCGGUUGGAAGAACAGUGUACGCCACAAUUUGUCGUUGAAUAAGAGUUUUGUGAAAGUGGAGAAAGCGCCGAAUAUGGGCAAAGGCUCACUAUGGCGCGUGGAACCACAGCAACGUCAAAAUCUCAUACAAGCGCUCAACCGUUCGCCAUUCUUCCCGAACUCAGCCGUCGAUAAGUCGGCAUCGCUCAAGAGCCCUGGCGGCAAUGACUCACUUGUCGGUUACGACACAGUAGACAGUGUGGGCAGCAGUGGUGGCGGUGCUUGCAGUCCAGCGCCUAAAUCAAACAUAAAUCCGCGUAUCGAUCCACGUCUAUAUCCGAAAUUGUCAAAAGUUAUUGGUGGGCAGGAUGUGCCCGACGAAGACACUCCGUCCGACUAUAGUACAACAAAUCAUAAUAGCAAUUUGAAUAAUCACAAUAGCAACAACAUCAAAUAUAACAGUUAUAACAACAGCUCACCGGUGCAGCAGAAUGGUGGUACUUCCAUAUUAGGUCCUUUCAGCAGUUACGAAAGUAUAGAGCGUUUGGCACGCGAUUGUGGCGCUGAUAGCAUCGACGAUGUAAAUGCAGCAACGGCGAUGUUGGCGUUGAAGCAUGGUCCAAAGGUGUUUGCAGAGACCUUCCAAAAUGGUGCACCCGUCAUAACGUCUUCUCCCAGUGAGGAUCAUACUUACUCCGCUGGUGGUGGUGCAGGCGCAGGUGCUAACAGCGGUGCCACAACUCCAGUAGCCAACGGUAAUGCAGCACCGCUGGCUUUGAAUGGCAAUACACAGUAUGUGGUUAGUGUUACACAACAACAGCAAAAUGGCGGUUGCAAUGGCGAUAAUCAAAGCAGUUACACUUCCUCCGAUGCGGCAUACGAGAGCAGCGAAGAUAACAACAACAUCACACCCGAAGAGCUGGAGGAUCAACGGCGUCAACGUGAGGGCGUCGAUGCAUUGCUCUCACUCUCACGUUCCUCCGUUGUCGAAUCGCCAACAAAGCGACCGUCAUCGACUAGUGUCGAAGAAGAACACCUAAACGCCUGCCUCGAAAAUAACAAAGUCAACAACAACAACAAUAAUAAUGUACAUUUCACCAAUGGUAACGGUAAAAUGGCAUUACUUACCAGUGCGGUUGCCUAUAGUCAACAACAGCAACAACAACAUCAUUUGUACGAGGACAGGGCCAGCUUUCAUUCGCCCAGUUAUUAUGGCACAGCGCACAGUGGACCACAUCAAUUGCAUCACCAUCUCGGCUUAGCCGGUGGCAGUGCACAGCGUAAAAUCAAACCGUUGCGUAGUCUGCGUACGAAAAUCAAGCGCAAAGCGCCAUGGAUGAGCAAGGCACGGUGAGCACGAACAGCUUUUGUAAGUAGUUGGAAGAAUAUCAGAAAAUAAGAAGUGAAGUGCUAAGUCAGUCAGUGGGAGUUGGGGGGGGGGCUAUCGAAUGAGUUUAUGCUGGACAUAUAAAGACUAUAGAUACAUCAUACAUCAUUGUAUGUGAUUUUAAAAAUUCAGAAAUGUAGUGUGGACUUGGAGAAAACUCUACAAAAUAGUUUAAGGGCAACACUUUUUAAUUCUCUAGUUUACCGUUAUAAUAUUAAUAUUAUUUGAGCAUUUUUUAGCUGACUUGAUUUCAAGAAUUUUUGACAAUCGUUUUAGCAGUUCUUGAGCCUUUAACACUUUCGACUUUUUAAAGCAAACAAUUAAUAAUGACCUUUGACACACAAAACCAUUACUAUUGACUUCUUUCUAUUUAUUUAAAGGCUAAUUGGGACUAAAAUUAAAGAAUUAAUUUAACUAAAGCGUUAAAACGUGUAACUCGCCUUAAAUUAAAAGUCAUAAAAGCUUCGUCAAGUCACAAAUUUGUAGCAGUUACUUCAUGACACAAUUUUUGUUGUAAAGUAAUAUUUUUUUUUUAGAGUGAGAGCCUGGAAACACUAAAGUUUAUUUACAAUCCAUCUAAGCCCCAACUUGCUGCUUCACAUUUUAUUUUCUAUAUAUGAGCCAUGUGAAAAAUAUUACCUAAGUUAAAAAAAAAAAUCAUUAAUGACCGUAGCAUACUUUUUGGCGUUUGCCAAGUAAAGUUUUACGAAAAUGUGUAAAAAAAACAUGUUUUUCAGAUUGCGAAAUAUUCCGUUAGGCGCAAAUGCUUACAAUUGAAAUGUAUAAAUUCAGCGCUUGCUGAUUUUAGUUUGAUAUCCAACUCAAUUUUUGGUAAUGAUUUUGAAUUUCUAACAUAAAUUUUUGUUAGCUUAUAAAUUUAUUUACCAAAGUGACGUUUUAGCUUCUGAUUUGGUGCAUUGAAUAAUCAAUAUGUUAAAAAAAAAUAUUUGAUAUGUGCUGAAUAAAAGUUUCAAUGCCGAAAUUUGCACAUUAUGUGUUAUUAGCGCGCUGAAUGUAAGUGGGAAAUCAUAAAAAUGCUUAUAAUUUACCAUUAAGCGCGCUGAAUUUGUAAAAUAUGUGCUGAAUAUAAGUUUGAUGAUCAGAAUUUGCACUUCAUGUGUUAUUAAGCGCGCUGAAUGUAAGUGAAAAUACAUAAAAUUGUUAAUAAUUUAUUAUUAGGCGCGCUGAAUUGGCACAAUAUGUGCUGAAUAAAAAUUUUAAUACCAAAAUUUGCAUUUCAUGUGUUAUUAAGCGAGCUGAAUGUAAAUGAAAUUACAUAAAAAUGCUAAUAAUUUAUUAUUAAGCGCGCUGAAUAUCACCAAGCACACCGGAACUUGUUUUUAACGUAAUGCUAAGUGAACAAUUACUCCAAAAAUCCUAUAAAUUAUUAAACGCGCUAAAUUUAAAUAAUACAUUUUUGAGUUUUUAGUAGUUGAUAUAAAUUCGUUGUGACAUAUACUUUCUUAUCAUGUGCGUUAAGUUUGUUAAAAAACGCUAAAAAUCGAAUCGUUCGAAAAAUCAGAAAAAAAGACUUUAACAGCGCGCUGAAUACCAUGUCGUUACAUAAAAAUUGUGCUGCUAUAACUGUAAUAUUUCGCAUUCUGGAUUACCUUUAAAGUCUUCAAAUAUCUUUAAUAAAUAGUUUGUAUUUAUUUAUAAGUUACUUACUUUGCUUCCAGUUUUAAAAUGUUAUAUUUUUUUUCUUAAAUUUCUUAAAGAAAUUGCAAUGUUUUAUGCCAAACCAUAGUUUUAUACUAAGCGCUAUGCGAAUUGUUUUUUCGCAUAGUAAAAAUAAAUAUACUAAUUAUAAUAUUAAAAUAAUAAUAAAAAUUCGGAAAUUUUUUGUUGGAAAAUUAACAAUAAAUAUUGCGAUUUUUGAACAGCUUUUAAAAAGCUAAAACGAAACAUUUUAAGUUUCAAAAUUUUUAUUUUAUUGUAACUAGUUUAAAAAGCAAAAACAACAAGUGUACCAUUUAAUAAGAUAAAGUAGCAAAAGAAACUAGCAAAUCAAAAAAACACAAACAACUAUUUAAGUGAAUAUUAAAGUUUAGCAUAUUUAAGCUAGAAAGAUUAAACAUUAGCCGACACACUCACACACAGAGAGAAUAAGUAUGUUAUGAAAAGCAAGCGAAAUACAACUUUAAAACGCAAAAUAAAUUCACUUCAAGUACCUUUUUAGCAAAAAGUAUAUAAUAUAAAGUAAAUCAACUAAAUGAAAAUAUAAGCCAGUUGAGUUGCAAGUGCAAACUUUGAAAAUAAUUAUAAAUUAAAUAUUUUUUAAUUGAAAGCUUUAUGCAGCCUUUUAAUUAUCAAUUUAAUUGUUUACCAUUACAUUAAUUAAUUGUUUGUAGCGAUUGAAAGUGACAAGCGCAGCAAAUCAAAACAACAAGAAAACCAAAACAAAACAAAUGUAAGAAAGUAAAAAAUGCUAAAAAAGUGUUAAACAAAAGCAAAUUGUUAAAAGUGAAUAUUAUUUGUUAGCGUAUAGCAAGUGAAUGCGUGCAACUAUAACAAACACAAUUUACUUAAGGCAACAAAUAGUCUUAAAGAUUAUAUAUACAUACAUACAUACAUAGUUACAUAUAAACAUAUAGAAAUACGUUAAGUGAUCAUAAAUGAUAAGUGGUCAUCAAUGAUAAAUGGCAAUAUUAAUUGUACGUUAAUAGUAAACACUAGUAUAAUAUAGAAAAACAGUUACAUAUACUAAAAAUACAUACAUACCAUAUAAGCAUACACACACAUAGUGACACACAACACAAUCCAAUUUUAGACAACUAUACUAAACUAGUGUGUAAAUGACGCCUAAACACCUAAAUGUAGGCAAUAAAACAAUGUUGAGUUUUUACUUUAUACAAAAUACAUACAAACAUACAUAUGUACAUUGUACAUAGUGUAUUGCUAUAUAUAAGACAAACUAACGAUAUCAAACAAAACACACCACUUAUGUAUGUAUGUAAGCGAAGAAUGUUAAAAGUUGUAAAUAAUUUACCAAAUGAGUCUAACACGUAGACAAAUGCAAAAUACUAUGUAUGUGUAAAGUGUGUAAAAUUAGUAAACAAAAAAAAGCCGGACAAUCCAAAUCUAAAAAAAUUAUGAAAAAAAAACGAAAAAAAUACGAAAAACACAAAUUGUUAGCGAAAUGCAGCAGCUUAUGCAAAAUGCUAUUACAAAAAUAAAACUUAAAAUUUUGAUGAAAAAAAAAAAACAAAAAGAAAAGAAAAAAAUGUAUGAGAAUUCUAAAAACCCCAUACCAAACUAUCAACACUUAAUGUGUUAAGGCGCUCACGCACGCAAGUAGUUGGAGUUGCUGACAUUACUAUAUAGUUUUAAUAAAUAAAUUUACAUAUAUAUUUAGUUCAAUAAACUUGUUUUGAAAAAAAAAUUGUCACAAACUUAUGUUUAUUUUUUACAAAAAUUUUAUUUUUAUUUUUUUUUUGCUAAAACAUUACAGUGUGAGCAUGUAAGAUUUUAAUCUGUGUGAAUUUGUGCAAAUAUCAUUUGCUGCUGAAUGUAUGUAUGUAUGUCAAUGUGAAAUCAUCGAAAUUUGUUAUUGUAUUUGAAAAAGUUAUGCAAUUCUUGUUUUUCAAUAAUUUAUGUAUUGCAUUUUUCAAAUUUUCAAGUGUUUGUAAUAAUAUUAUGAUAAUUUGCAAUCAUGUUCAGCGCAUGAAAUAAUCUGUCAUAAGUUUUUAAGCUUGUUCGUUAAUUUUGUAAAGUAACCGUAAAUGUUUCAGUGCUACCAUUUUUAAAGCAGAAAUAAUGUAUUUAUUGUAAACAGUAAAAAAAUUAGCGCUUUAGUUGUGUGCUUUUUGUAUAUAAAACAAAUGUUAUGCAGCACUUUAUGCCCGAUUCCAAGCUAAACCAAAAAUUUUACAAAAAUUAACGAUUUUAUAUAGUUAAUUGUAAAUAUUCAGCAUAAAAAUGCGCUUAGUUUGCUAUAAUACGUUGCUGAAUAACUUGUCGCUGUAGCUGAGUAUAAUUUCUGUAUAAAAUUGGUGAUUAGUUAAGCGCUGGACAGAAUUUUCGUGGUAUAAAAAGUUUUGUUUUUAAUUUCAAAUUUUAUUUUCGAUUUGUAAAAUCUCUAAAUUAUACUGUUUACUUUUUUCGACACAAACAAAGCAAAAAAGCAACUUGUAAUGCCAACAAAUUGCAAUUGUCAGCAAUUCAGCGCGCGUUGAAAUAACUUCAAAUUGUUUCAAAUGUUGAGAGACAAGUUCUCAUAUUGUUGGACUACAAGUGAAGAAAUUAUUGCCAAAAAAUAGCAAAAAGUGGACAAACUAUAGUUUUCCAUUAUAGUUUAUGGCAAUAAAUGAGUUGCCUUGGGGUCGAUUGAUUAAAAUGUUAAUCAUAUUUAUCGAAUUUAGAAUAAAAGCAGCAAAUGUCAUAAAAGCAACUUGUAAUGUAAUGUAAUCGCAAUUGUCGGUUAUUCAGCGCGCGCUGAAUUAACUUCAAAUUGUUUGAAAUGUAGUUAAACAAGUUCGCGCAUUAUAUACAACCUUUAGUUGGAAUACAAGUGAAGAAAUUAUUGCCAAAAAUAACAAAAAGUGGGCAAAAUAUUAUUUUUCUUUACAGUUUAUGGUAAUAAGUAGUUUGCUUAGAGUUCGACUGAUAAAAUUGAUAAUUAAUUUUUUUAAUAUUGUAAUUUUCUUUUUUCGUAAUUAAUUUUUUUUUUUAAAUUUCUUAAUUAUUUUUUUCAGUUUAUUAUUUUUUAAUUUCUUAAUUAUUUUUUUUAUUUCUGAAUUAUUUUUUUUUAAUUUCUUAAUUUUUUUAAAUUCUGUAAUUAAUUUUUUAAUUUCAUAAUUAAUUUUUUAAUUUCUUAAUUAUUCUUUUAAUUUCUUAAUUAUUCUUUUAAUUUCUUAUUUUUUUUAAUUUUUAAUUUCUUAAUUAUUUUUUUUUAAUUUCUGAAUUAUGUUUUUUUUAUAUUCUUAAUUAAUUUUUUAAUUUCUUAAUUUUUUUAAAUUCCGUAAUUAAUUUUUUUAUUUCUUAAUAAUUUAAUUUCUUAAUUAUUUUUUUAUCCUUCAAUUAAUUGUUUAAUUUCUUAAUAUUUUUUUUUUAAAUUUCUUAAUUUUUUUUAAAUUUGUAAUAAUUUUUUUUUUUUAAUUUCUUAGUCAUCAUUUUUUUAAUUUCUUAAUUAAUUUUGUUUACUUUAUUUAAUUUUUUAAUUAUUUUUUUAAUUUCAAUUUCGCCAACUACUUCCGAUGCAGCGCCUUAGCCUCAACCAAGUACUACUACAAAACAACAAAUUCAUAAGCCUACUCAAUUAAGCCUUACUUAAAUUUAGUGCUACUCUAUGGUAAAUAUUUGAUUUUCAUUUUUAUACACAAAAGUGCAUACAAAUAUGUAAAUAUGUAUGUACUAUAAACAUGUUUCGUAUACUUAAGACUUAGAUAAAGAUUUUAUUUUAA